AUGGCUGAAGAAUUCGUAAAGAACUUUGAGACGCUGCAGCUGCACGCAGGACACUCGCCUGACUCAGCGACGAACUCCCGUGCUGUUCCUAUCUAUGCGACUACAUCCUACACUUUCAAUGACUCGGCACACGGCGCGAGGCUAUUUGGCCUCAAAGAGUUCGGCAACAUCUACAGUCGGAUCAUGAACCCUACCGUCGAUGUCUUUGAGAAGCGAAUUGCAGCUCUUGAGGGCGGAGUCGCAGCCGUUGCAGCAGCUUCAGGUCAGGCCGCGCAAUUCAUGGCCAUUGCUGCGCUCGCACAGCACGGUGACAACAUUGUCUCUACCUCGAACUUGUAUGGAGGCACCUACAACCAGCUCAAGGUCCUGCUGCCACGAUUCGGCAUCCACACAAAGUUCAUCAAAGGAGACAGCCCCGAGGACUUCAAGAAGGCCAUUGACGACAAGACGAAGGCCGUUUAUAUUGAGAGCAUUGGUAACCCACGAUACAAUGUCCCGGACUUUGAGAAGAUUGCGACGGUUGCGCACGAGGCUGGUGUUCCGGUGGUUGUCGACAACACCUUCGGUGCAGGCGGCUACUUUGUUCGUCCUAUCGACCACGGCGCGGACAUUGUUGUGCACAGUGCCACCAAAUGGAUAGGAGGCCACGGCACUACUAUUGGCGGUAUCGUUGUCGACAGCGGCAAAUUCGACUGGGGCAAGAACGCAAAGCGUUUCCCACAGAUGAACGACCCCGCUGAGGGCUACCACGGCCUGAAGUUCUACGACACAUUCGGCCCCAUCACCUUCGCGAUCCGUCUACGCGUCGAGAUCCUACGAGACUUGGGCGCGGCGCUGAACCCAUUCGCCGCACAGCAGCUACUGCUGGGUAUUGAGACGCUGAGUCUGAGGGGUGAGAGGCACGCGCAGAAUGCGCUAGCGCUGGCGAAGUGGCUGGAGAAGAACGAGAAUGUGGCCUGGGUGUCGUAUCCUGGGCUCGAGAACCACCCGUCGCACGCGCUGGCCAAGAAGUAUCUGCCAAGAGGUUUCGGAGGCGUGUUGUCGUUUGGUGUGAAGGGAGGAGGGGAGGCCGGUAGCCAGGUCGUGGAUGGCUUCAGGUUGAUUUCGAACCUGGCAAACGUCGGUGAUUCGAAGACUCUUGCGAUUCACCCGUGGUCCACCACCCACGAGCAGCUCAGCGAGGAGGAGCGCGCGGACAGCGGCGUCACUGAGGACCUGAUCCGUAUCUCGGUUGGCACCGAGCACAUCGACGACAUCAUUGCCGACUUCGAGCAGUCAUUCGCCAAAGCGGCCACGAAGCCGGGCGAGAAGGCCGAGGCGGCAAAUGCGGAAAAGACGGGGACAGCAGAGGGCUCUGCCGGAGUUGCCGGAUCGACUUGA